AUGAGGCGUUUCCUGAGCAGAAAGGGCCGCUUCUCCCUGCGCCAGAGCAAGUCCGGGACCCGGAGUGCCUCCAAAGAUUUCUGUAAGUCUUUUUUCUCUGAACCAUAAUUAUAACAUGAUGUUCCUGAUCUGCUUCAUCUGCUGGAGAUAAACCUCGGUCUCCCAGCCACCAAUCAGAACUGGCCAGAAGCGUUUGGUUUCCGGCUGGGUGGCACUGGGCCCAGCUACAUCCUAUCCGUAGUGGAGGGCAGUAGUGCCUACCUGGCGGGCCUGCAGCCCGGGGACCAGGUAGUGGACAUCGAGGGCCAGGAUGUGACCAACCUCAGCACACCGGCGCUAAUUGCCCUUGCUCAGACCCUCAAGACUGUCCCACCCAGCAUUGGAGUGGUGUCACGGAUUGAACAGAUUGACAUCACCCCUGGCCCUGAUGGCCGUUUCGGAUUCACCAUCGUUGGAGACAGCCCUCUGAUGGUGGAGGACUGCAUGCCCAACGGUCCGGCCGGUCGCAGUGGCCUGAAGGCUGGGGACUACGUCAUGGAGGUAAACGGCAUCCCAGUGAAGCAUCACGAAACAGCAGCGGCCAUGAUCAAAGCGGCUCAGGGUCGACCUCUGCGUCUGGGCGUGCUCAGUAUGGCACGGCGACCUAAGCGGCUGAGCAGCAGCAUGAGGGUGCUGUCACAGAGCGGGGACAGUGUAAGGGAGAGCCGCGCCCACAAGGCCAUGGAGUUCAAUAAGAAGGUGGAGGAAGUGCUAGGAGAGGAGCCAGAUGUGAAGGAACAGCUGUUUGAGGUGCUGAAGCAGUACGCUGCUGAGAGGGAUGUGGAGAGUCUGGCCGAGGCCCUGCCCGACAUCCUGAUCACAGAGGAGCAUCAACAGCUGAUUGACAGCGUCAGGAUCUUCAUUCCCAAGAAGCACCGGGAGCGUUUUGACGAGGUGGUUUCCCAGAGCCUGAUGAGCCGGCUCAAGGGGCGAAGCUUCAGUGACCCUAGCCGUAACCGCCUUCGUCGCAGCCGGAGUGAGGAUCACCCUGAACGCCUUCUGGUCUCCACCCGCGCCAGCUCAGUACCACGCACCCACGCAGAGGAGGGCGUGCCCCCCCCAACCCGCGGCAUGCGCAAGACCACCUCGCUAGUAGCUGGCCACUCCAGCAGCACCACCACCAACUGCAGGACAGUGAGAGUGUGCAAGGGCAACAUGAGUUUUGGCUUCACUCUUAGAGGUCAUGCUCCAGUGUGGAUUGAUUCGGUCAUCCCUGGAAGCCCAGCAGACAAGGCAGGUCUAAAACCAGGAGACCGCAUCCUGUUUCUCAAUGGACUGGACAUGAGGACCUCUUCCCACGAGAAGGUCGUGUCCAUGCUGCAGGGCAGUGGUGCCAUGCCUACUCUGGUAGUGGAGGAUGGUCCGCUUACGUUCACCGUGGCAGAACAGGACCUCACAGGAGGCGGUGUUCCCACAGAACGGGCCCGCUCCCCUGUGCUCAGCUCCCUACAGUGGGUGGCGGAGAUUCUGCCUCCCAGUAUCAGGGUUCAGGGCCGCACCUUCGGACAGCAGCUGGAGCACCUGCUGACCAUCCAGGAGAGGUACACCAUCUGCAAGGCUUUGGAGAACUUCUUCCAGCACAGGAAUGUUGACACUCUGAUCGUGGAUGUGUUCCCGGUGCUGGAUACUCCAGCCAAACAGGUGAUCUGGCAGUUUGUUUACCAGCUGCUGACGUAUGAGGAGCAGGAACACUGCCAGAGCAAGAUCUCACGCUUUCUUGGAUACAAAGCACCAGCACCUCCCCCUCCUCCGGAGCCUGAGGUUGCCCCUGAACCCCAUCGCCGUAGCAGCUCCAUGAGGGUAACAGGGACCACGUACAGGAGCAGUGUGAGGGGACGUAGCUCCGAUGACCUGGUCAUUGGCACACACUUGGGCAUGGGCCUCCGUGCCGAGCCAGUGCUGGAGACAGGCAUGAGGUUGGCUCCAGGGGAGAGACAGUCAGGAGAUGGUACCUCCCUUCCUGAGACUCCUAACAAUCUCACAAAUCUGUCAGCAGUGUAUGCUGAACUGGAGAACAUGUAUUCAGCCAAGAGGUCCAAGUCUCUGAAGAGCCGCCCUCCUCCUGCCCCUGAGAGUUUGCUGGAUCUGGAACCUCCUUCGCGCUCAGCCUCCCCUACAAUACAUGCUAACACAGGUAGUAGCCUACAGGCCCCCCCUCCUCCUACUUCCUGGCCUGAGCCUCUCCCCAGCCCCCCUUCAGCCCAGUUCUACCCAUCAGGGCUGACAAGCCAGACCAGUGGGGAUUCCAAUCCCUACAUCAGCUUGGACAGUCCCCCACCCUCACCUCCAGAGCCUGCUGACUAUCCAUCCAGCCCUCCAGCCCACCGCAGCAGCAAGCGUCGUUACACCUUCUCCAAACCACCCCGUUCAGAAGACACAGAUCGCUUUCUGGAUGCACUGAGCGAGCAGCUGGGACAGAGGGUGGCCAUCAUUGACGACUUUCUCACUCCUGAAAAUGACUAUGAGGAGGAUGUUGUACAGAUGGGCUUUCCAGAUGAGGAAGAUGAGGAGAAUGAAGAGGAGUUGGGGGUAGACGAAGAAGAAAAUGGAGGAUUUGUGGCCCCAGAGCUGAGCAGCCCAGGGGUAGACGAAGAAGAAAAUGGAGGAUUUGUGGCCCCAGAGCUGAGCAGCCCGAGUGAUGUUCAGAGCAGCAGCGGAGAAGAGAAUGCCUCCUCCCUCACCUACUCCUCAUCUUCUGACCACAUCCCUCCUCCCCCCAUGACCCCUCCUCCACCUCCGCCUGUUCAGUUCAAUGACGCGCCUCCUCCCCCUCCACUUAACUACACCCCUGAACACUCCCCGAGAGCAUAUGUGCCCAUUCGCCGGAAAUCUGGACCCCCUCCACCACCUCCACCCCGCAGUAACCCACCACCCAAACGCCACUCUCUCCAUAAAGUGCUGCCCACAAGAGAGGACUUACAGGUCCAUGCCACCAUACAAGAACUAAAAGCCUUUCAAGAACAACAAUCCUACCAGGAAAGACAAGCCUAUGAGGAGCAACAAGCGUACAAGGAGAGGCACGUGUAUGAAGAGCAGAAAGCCUACGAAGAACAGCAACUGUUCCAAGAACAGCAGGCCUACCAGGAACAACAGGUCUAUCAGGAGAAAAUUUUCAAAGAGAGACAAGCUUAUGAAGAGCAGAAAGCAUAUGAGGAGCAAAAAGCUUUUGAAGAGCAACAAAUGUACCAGGAACAACAAGUCUACCAAGAAAGACAGGCAUAUGAACAGCGUCAAGUCUAUCAGGAACAAAAAGUGUAUGAACAGCGUCAAGCCUUCAAGGAGCAAAAAGCAUUUGAGGAGCUUCAAGCCUACCAGGAACAAAAAGCCUAUGAAGAGCGUAAGGCUUAUGAGGAGCAAAAAGCCUAUGAAGAGCGUAAAGCUUAUGAGGAGCAAAAAGCCUAUGAAGAGCGUAAAGCUUAUGAGGAACAAAAAGCCUAUGAAGAGCGUAAAGCUUAUGAGGAGCAAAAAGCUUACAAGGAGCGUCAGGCCUACGAGGAGCAACAAGUGUAUCAAGAGCAACAGAUGCAACAGAUAUACCAGAGCCACCACUCGAUGCCUGCCCAGCCAGCACAACAGAAAGCCCACUCACCACUUCCUCUCCAACAACUGCACCAGUCUUUACCCCCACUCCCCUCUCCAGACUCCACCCAUCACCACACCAACCAUCCUCUCUAUAUGAUACGCCAAGCACAGCAGCAACAGACCCACCAAAGUCAUCACCACCGACGUCAAUCUCGUUCAGCCCCUCCUCCACACCAGCCGUCACCCCAACCAACAGCCCACCCCAGCCAACAAGGUCAGUACGCUGAGGGCAUCUACCAAAGUCAUCAGGGCCUGAGACCCCAUCCCCACCAUUCGUCACCUCACCACUCCUCAACAGAGCUUCUCCAUCAAGCUCAACAGAUGCUUCGGGGUCAACCGCACCAUUCAUCCACUGAGCUGCUCCAUCAAAUGCACAAGCCCCAGGCCCACCACUCCUCCACAGAGCUGCUCCAUCAAGCCCAUCAGAUGCACCAACCCAAGCCCCAUCACUCCUCCACAGAUCUUCUGCAUCAAGCCCAGCAAGAUCCUGCCUCCCUCCCAGUUCAGCUAAAACGGGACAGUCACUCACACCAGAGCCGCAAAAGUCUUAAAGGUCAUCAUCAAGCUCAAGUAUCACCCCAAGGGAGACACCAAGAGCAGCAGAUCCACCAAAGCCAUCACCCCCAACCCACCAAACCCUCUCCCCAGAGACCCCACUCUAUUCAGCAGACCCACCACCACUCCAGCACACCUCAGAUCCACCACAUCCACCACAUGACCCCACAGCCUCCUCCGCAGGACUACCAACAUCAGAUUCAUGUCAUCCACCCUCCCCAGCAGCCCCACAGGCCCCAGCCUCUUCUCUCUACCUUUCAGCCCCUCCAGCCGCAUCAGCCCACCCUCUCCACUUUCCAGCCUCUUCCCCAACACCACCAGUCACAGCACCAAGUCCAGUCCUCCACCCAAACUGCCCGUCCGCAGUCCCAGCCCUCACAUCACCUGCUGCAGUCCCAACACCAGCCACAAUCCCAGUCAUCCCACCAUAAACAAUCCCAUGGCCAGGGUCAGCCCCAGUCCCUUCCCCACUCUCUGUCUGAUCCCACAGAGCACAUGGAGCCCCCUCCUCCUCCACCCCUGCCCCCACCCUGCUCCCCUCCACCAUUGCCGAGGCCCAAUCUGUCCAGGAUGGACUCCAACCACAUGAGUGUGAAGAGGCUGCGCUGGGAGCAGGUGGAAAAUUCAGAGGGGACUAUUUGGGGACAGUUGGGAGCAAAUUCUGACUAUGAGAAACUGCAUGACAUGGUGAAGUAUCUGGAUCUGGAGCUGCACUUUGGGACACAGAAGAGCUCCAUGUCUGCUCCAGAGCCAUCCCCCCAGCCAGAGACCUACAAGAAGAAAGAUGUGAUAGAAAUUCUGUCCCAUAAGAAGGCUUACAAUGCCUCCAUCCUGAUAGCCCACCUGAAGCUGUCUCCUGGGGAGCUGCGUCAGGUGCUGAUGAACAUGGCCACUGAUAGGUUGGAGCCAGCCCACAUCAAACAGCUGCUGCUGUACGCCCCUGACGCAGAGGAGGUCAAAAAGUACGAAGAGUACAGACAGGACCCCAGCAAACUCAGUGAGCCAGACCAGUUUGUGUUGCAGAUGUUAUCAGUACCAGAGUACAAGACGCGCCUGCAGAGCCUCCUCUUCAAGUGUUCUUUACAGGAGAAGACAGAGGAGUUGAGGGGAGCGUACGACUGUAUCUACAAGGCUUCCAUGGAGCUGAAGACCAGCAAGAAGCUAGCUAAAAUACUAGAGUUUGUUCUGGCGAUGGGUAACUACUUGAAUAACAGCCAGCCUAAAAGCAACAAGACUACAGGCUUCAAGAUCAACUUCCUCACAGAGUUGAGCACAACUAAAACUGUGGAUGGGAAGUCGACAUUUCUGCAUAUUCUGGUCAAGUCGCUAUGUCAACACUUUCCCGAUGUGUUGGAUUUUUCCAAAGAUCUAACCAUGGUUCCUCUCGCAGCCAAAGUAAACCAGAGGACGAUCACGUCAGAUCUGAGCGACCUUCAGACAACCAUCCAGGACAUUCGCUCAGCCUGUCAGAAGAUGCCUGCGACUGCUGAGGACCGUUUUGCUGUUGUGAUGAGUAACUUUUUGGAAAACAGUCACCCAGCAGUCCAGUCUCUGGAGUCCCUGCAACAGAGAGCAAUGGAAGAAUUCAGCAAAACAGCCUCUUACUUUGGAGAAGACAGCAAAGCCACCAACACUGAGGCCUUCUUUGGGAUCUUUGCUGAGUUCAUGAGCAAGUUUGAGAGAGCUCUCAGCGAUCAUCAGGCUACAGAAAACCCAAAGAGCCCCAGGAGUCCACGAAGGGCCUCCCCACUGGCCUGGUAACACACAUACACACACGCAAACACACACACAUAUGGACAUGACUACAUAUGUACACAGAAUUGUUCACAGAAAUGCUGAAUACACAUUCUGUACAUGCAUGGCACAAAUGCAUACACGUACACACCACUCAGUGCACAUGUUUGAGCAAAAAACCUGUUCUUAUGUAUUGUGUAUGUAUUUGUUUUUGGUUACAUUAAGGGAGACAGACAGUCUUUUGCAUCAAAGACGGAUUAUUUUUGCAUUAUACCAGUGGUGUAGUGCAUGUGUCCUUUCAAAAUAAAUGUAAGUUUUGUUGAAAUCUAAAGCUGUAACGGCUAGGAUUUCUACAUAGAUCACAACCUUGUUUGGCUCUCAAGAUAUCCAUUCUGUUUAAAAGAUAGUUACUCAGUAACAUCCUAUAGUUUAAGUUCUAAGCCGGAGUUUAGGUCACCUCUGUAAGUGCGGUAUAACAAUUCUACAGUAAAAUCUUUUGUGAUAUAUCCUUGAAUAAGAUGUAGAUUUACAAAAAAUACAUUUUUUCCUGAAAUAGAUGCUUCCUUAAAAUGUACCCACAUGCAGUCUGUGGUUUGGAAGAAACCACAAAACCAGUUUUCCUAUUAGUUUACAUUCAAAAAUACAGUUUACAUUCUGUAUUUUUGUAAGGCGCCCACCAAUCUGAAUGUAAACUAAGUUCAUAACUGCGUAAGCGUAGCUUAUUUUCUCAAGUAAAUAAUCGCUCACGUCAGCUUUCCUGGGGAUGGAUUGUCUCAUUUAUUGCAUUAUGUUUAUUCCUCCAUUUCAAUCGAUUUUUCUUACCACAUCAGUUGUAGCUUUAAGAACUUUCUGUUUCCUAAAUGGUAUUGCUCUUGUAUUAUACCUCUAAUGCUAUCAACUUGUACAUAUGAGACAAGGUCAGUGGGAAGGUGACACUUACUACUUGAGUUUUUCAAAGACAAUUUUAUCUGUUCCAUGGAUCAUUUUUAUUCCGGCUCAGAUCAGUAAAACACUAAUAACAGAUUGCUGAAGUGGGAUUAUGUGACGCUCGCAGCGGGCAGUGUGCAAUACGUGAAUGUUUAGCCGUGUUCCACUGUUGGAUAUGAUACUCAUUAAACUGUAACAGAGAUAUCUUGUGUUUAUACUGUACAGAACGAGAGUGAAUGUAAUGAAAAGAUAUGCUACAAUAUAUGAAGCUCCGUAUUACUUUCAUGUAUUUCUUUUAUUGACUGUGUUACACAGACUGAGCAGGAGGUUAUACCCCUGAGGGGACGGCGAUAUCAUUAAGUUCAGUGUAAGAGAUGCAGCAUUUUACAUUCUCAACUAAUGAUACAGCCUACCAGCUUCUCAGUAAUACCAGUGCUUUGUAAAACUUUAAGCUUAUUCUCCAAGUGACAUUUUUAAAUGUUAAGGUUAAGGUUAAGCUGUGCAGCUAGUAAAAGCUUUGUUUUCUUUUGGUAUAAAUUGUUGUUUUUGUUUUUUUUUUUCUUUUGGCUUAAAUUACAGAACCUCAAAAGCAUUUCUUUCAGUUUAAGGCCCUUA